ACUGCGUCGCCACUGUUCCGCGUGCCGACGGAUGCCGACAUUUUGGAGUCGUCGUGGUUGCUCAGCGAACGCGGGCGGACGUCUCGUUUUCUUCGGCAUUGCACGAGUUUCUUUUUUUUCGAAGAAGAGUUUGUGAUAUCGAGGUCGACCGAGAGAAGUGUACCGUCGAGCGGAUCGAGCGAGGGCCGAGCACGUGAUACGCGUACGUACGAACGUGCCGAGAGCUUGACGAUUUGCGUCGCAACGAGGAAACGGUGGCUGGGACUUCGGCGGCUCGGUCAGGAGACCUCCGACGCUGUAUCCACUACAGCCCCUUUCUCUUUCUCUCUCUGUCUCGUUCAUCGAUAAGUUGCAACCAUGAGCUAUGGUUACAACAAAUACAGUUCCACCAUGAGUUCUCGCGGUCGCGGAUUUAGUUCUCGCGGAGGGGGUUCUUAUAGGGGUCGAGGUGGUGGCGGAGGAAACGAAUGGAAUGGUUCGGCAGGAGGGAAUAUGUCCGGCAGAGGUGGAUAUUCAUCUUCCAGAGGGGGCAGAUUUAAAUAUUCAACGACAAGCUAUGAUUCCAGGUCGAAAUAUAAUUCAGGGUCGGAGAGGUAUUCGAGCAGAGGUGGUCGUGGAGAACACUCUAACAAUUAUAAAAGACCUCGUGAUUCAUACUCUGCUAGAGAUGAUCAUCGAUCGUCCAGUGACUCGGCGCGUAAAAGAAUGAGAAGCGAUUCGUAUCAGGGUGGAGGUAGCGGUAGCGGUUCACAGAGGUAUUCGUCGUACGGUUCAUCUGCAUCGGCGCCCUAUGACGAUAAUAAGGGAUCGUCAUCAUCCGCCGUAUACGAGGACAAGAGACAGAGCGAGCGCGCGUCAUCGUACCACCGUUCCGAGGAUCGUCAUUCCGCUUCGCGAAGCUAUGCGCCCCCGCCGCCCCCUCGGAUUAGCGAAAUGGCACCGCCACCGACUCAGAGAUACACCUCGAGUCGCGGAAGAAUAUCGCAUCAGAGCUCGAAUUACCGAGGCCGCAUUUCGACUCGCGGCACUGGCGGUAGAGGUGGUGCAUUUCAUCGUGUGAGCUCUCGAUCGGACAUCCUCAUGGCUCGCAAGCGUACUCUGCACUCGCUCGACUAUCGUCGAAAGCUGCUAGGCUCACGCUCGCGCGACUACAUCCAGCGUGUGCGCAUGACUACUACCAAACUACGCAGGAGUAGCGGUACUACUAGGCUACCCGGAAGUAAAAAGGACUCGGGAUCCGGGACCAACGUGAAGGACAAGGAUAGAGAGAUGGCCAAAGCCAUUAGUGCAGAAUUUUCCGAUGAUGAUGACGAGGAAGAUGAUAAUAAGAGUAAUUGGGACGACGAAGAAAAGCCGCACGAGCGCGAUGAAGAAGAGGAUAUGGAAGAGGAAGAGGAGAAAAAGAAAAAAGAAGAUAAACGUAAAAAAGAAAAACAAGACAGAGAAAGACAGCAUACCGAAGAUGAGGAAGAGAAGGAUGAUGAUAUUAAAGAAGAUGAUAAUCAGAAGCGAGAAGAAGAUGAAGAUGACGAUAAUGAUGAUGAAGAACAUGACGACAAUGAGAAAGCAGAACGUGAUAGAAACGCAGAUUCUGCGGAAGAAUUGCCGAGUAGACGAGACGGUAGAAAAUUCAUAAAAUUGAAAUGCCCGCAUUGUGCCCAUCACAGCGUUACGUUCAAGGAAUAUUCGCUUCAUCUAUUCUCUGGUCGUCAUAGUGCAGCGAUGAAACGUAUCGCGGCUCGACAUAAGGUUACUCUUACGCGUAUGCGAGUUGUUCAACGACAAGAGCAGAGACGUAUCGAGGCUCGUGACGCAGCACGCGGCACGCUACCCUCACGCACCAUGUUUUGUGCCAUUUGCAAGUUAAACUAUCGUUCCUUAAAAGCUGCUCAUCAAUUGUCGGAAUCUCAUCGUCAAAUGAAACGAUUCCUCACACCAUUCUGUCGUGUUUGUCGGAUCCAAUUUCGUUCUCCAAUGUUCUUUGAGACACAUAUGUGUUCUCUAGAGCAUAUCAAGAGAAAGAGUAUAUUGAGAGAAAGGAUGAAUGCUAAUGGAAGCGGCGAAGCAGAAGCGGAUUCGAGCGCAGCGGAGGAAGAUGAUAAGGAAGUUAAUCUUGAUAAUUUUAUGACUUUGGAUUCUGUAGGUGAUGUAGAUGCAAUGUUUACAGAGGACGAAGAGUCUAAUGACAAGAAGAAAGACAAGGCUGAGGGUGAAAGUUCGAGCGAAGCGGAGAAGAAAUCGAAAAACAAACAAACGAUAAAAGUUGGUGCGGAAUACAUAAAACGUGUCGAGGUACAAUACUGCGAGUUGUGCAAAGUAUAUUUGCCACGCAGCGAAAAUACAGAGCGGGCGAUCUCUUUACAUUGUUCUACUCGCAGUCAUCUUAAACGGUACGUGCGAGACAAUGACGACAAGGCGCUUAGACGUCAAGCGGAAAGAAUACAUCUGCAAUCGUCAUCUUCGACGAAUGUGAAUUCUAGCAAUUCCACUGCGAUUAACAAUACAUCGGACAACGCGAAGACUUCUCCUGUCAAUUCCGAGCCACAAGUAUCUGCUACACCAGUGUCUACCGCGGCUGAUAACAAUGGCGUUUGCGGCACAGAGUAUAUUAAAAUCGAUGAGGAAAAAUCCAAUAGCUUAGAAUCAGAGAAAAAUGCAAAAGACAGUAAGAAUAAUCAGGUGGAUGAGGAUGAUGAUGAUUACCGUGCGCACGGUAGCGAUAAAAUAAUUUGGGAUGACGUCGACAAAGAUUUAGGUGACAUUUUAAGAGAAAGCGAGGCGGGAGCAUCAAAAUCGAGUGACGAUGAGGAUUCGCGUUACGAUCGUUUUCGCAAUUCAGACAAAAAACAACCUGGAAAAGAAAAAGAAAACGAGAAGAACGAAAUUCUUGAAGAUAAGAGCGGUAAUAACAAAAUUAAAGAUGUAAAAAAUUAAUUUUAAAAAGAUGAAUAUCUUGUAUUAUCAAGAUUCAUCUUUUAUUGUAUAAUUCAAUUUAUUUGAUUUAUUUCGUAUUUUUUCUGUUUUAUUUUCUUCUAAAUACAUCCCGUUCUAUCAACUUUAUAGGAUCUUGCAAAUAUAUAUUGUCUCGAAAUAUUUUUUGUUCAAUUGUAAACAAAAAUAAUUUUUGUGCGUACGAUACGUGCGAAAUAUUUAUUACAUAUUUCAUUGUUCAUCUUGUGUUCUCUGGUGAAAAUGUGUCAAUUAUAAUGUAUCUGAGAUUGCAUUCGGAGAAUACGUUACUGGUAUUGUGUCAUUUUAUCUGUAUCAUUCAUUCUUAGUUAUUAGUUUCCAUUUAGUUUUUUAACAUGCUACGAUCGUACCAUUCUUCAAUCUGGAUACAAAAUGAUUUGAAAGAACUUCAGUUUUUUUUCUUUUCGUAAUUUAUGCCAAAUAUAACUAUUGGAUAUAAUUUUCUUCAAUUUAGCUUUACAGAAUUGAAAACCUUUACACAAGAAUAAAAUUCAAAAUACUUAAAAAAAAUUACUAACGUAAUUUAAAAAAAAUUUUUUUUCUUAAGCUUGAGUAUUUUGAGAUUUAAACAUGUAAAAGAGUUUUCAAUUCUAUAAAUCUAAUUUAAUGAAAAUUCGAAUCUGUGGCGUCGGUAAUUCUGUCACUUCAGCAUCCCUUUAACUAUGGAAAAACUGGCAUCGAAACGCGAGAUCGAACUCUACACACUUGGAUCAUGUAGCGUAUGAAGUCACGUGUUGCUUUCUUAACAUCAGCCAUUAAACAAGGAUAAAAUGAUGCAAUAUCGUUCAUAAUGUGCUUCUCAAAUGUAUCUCGAGUUUUACAAUUUUCAAUUUGUGUAAUUAUAUUUUAACUAUUUUUACUUUACCAUUGAUACUUUAUCAUUGAUAUGAUCAUAUGUCGAGGGGCUAUCAGUAACAUUGUCCAAAUCUAGUUAUACAUAUAUGCAAUACAUGAAUUAAAUAUACUAUUUUCAGUUAUUAGCAAGAAGGAAAACGUGUGCGUCUGAUUAAUGUGUGCAUCUUAUGUAAGCACAAUUUAACUAUACGUUACUGAUCGUAAUAAAUUCUGCACUCUCUAGGAUCAAUUA